UACGCUUCAUUUUUAUUAUUAUUUUUUUUUUGUAUGAGUGUGAUGUCUGUGCCUGAUCGCUCCUGUUCAUGGAGCGGAUCUGUGUGCAGGUAUGUGGGGGUAAAAAGGAAAGCAUAUCAGCAUGGAAAAAAGGCUUCCGAAAAGAGAAAGUUUUCUCUGUGCCACCAAGGGUAUUUUGACUUUGUGGCGAGUUAUGAUUUUGGUUGAGAUGUACAUAUGUAUGAGAUAUAUUUAAUGCACCUUAUAGCUUACUCUCUUGUGAUAUGUGACAUUCCAAGGAACUCCGUUUUCGGAAGUCUUGUAAUUUUUGCGUCCUUUCCCUAUUUUUUGGUCACAAAUAAUCAAUGUUGCUUAAACCGAUAGCCGAUAAUUUUCUAAGCUUUAGUGUUGUUAACAGCUGUUUGGUGCAACUAGUGUUGAAAAGGACUACCUUUAAUUCUAGUUGAAGCAAAAAAUCAAGAGAGUACGAUACCCCAAUUUCGCGCCAUGUACUACGAGUACCAGGAUCUGUCAAGUAACCAGUUUGACAGCAGCUGUAAUUAAAGUUCAAACUCAUGUUUUCCCAUUAAUGCCCAAAAACAUAAUGCACAGCCAACAAUUAUAAGUUGCUAUUUUUUUUUAAUUGAAUGCAACGAUUACAACAAUUGGCAGCGGCUGAAAAAAAGAACUGCACGACCUCGACAUGCAAAAAGCCGCUCUGGACGUUGGCCCGAGAGCAGCGUGCAGCUUGCAGCUUUCAGCGUGCAUGAUCAAGCCGGCAGUGUUUGUGGAUCGCAAGUGUGGAACCCAAGAGAAUCAAAGACGAGCUAGCCGAGAGAGAGCCAGAUCGAGAGCGCGCUCCCAACAGGGCAUAACGGCUUUUACUGUUAACCCAUGUGGGGGCCGGCGCACAAAAGCUUGAAUUGAAUUUUCAGCUGACUUCAGUCUGCCGCACGCCAGGCUACGAAACGGACGCUCUCUGCUCUUGCUCUUGGCCACAGAAAAAACCCGUUCGCGACCGUCGCACCCGAUUCGUCUCGUACUCGGCACUCGUUCCGUACCCGUACCCUUACCCUUACCCGUGUUUCGGUUGGCAGCCGCGCAUGCGCAAAGUGUUUCGUAAUUGACAGCCAGCGAGCAGCAACAGAAACAGCAGCAGCAGCAGCGGCUUGUCCCAGUUUCCAGUUCGCUUUUCAUUUCGUUGUAGACAGAGAUUUGUAGAUUUUUUGGUAAUCCCCACGGGUCGUGCAAAUGCAUCAUUGAGUGUUGCGGGAAUAGUAUAUUGAAAGCGGCCAAGUGAUGUGCAAUCGACUACGUUCCAAGCCCAGACGACAAGCAACAGACGACGCCAACACCCACAAAAAUCAGCAAGGAGAGCGGCAGGAUUAUGAGAUCGCAUGUGGCCGUCUAUCGCGCGCCAGACAACGGGAACAUCCUCGCUGGACCAUUUGCUAGAUACCAUCAGCAUCAGCACCAGCAACAGCACUUGCACUGGGCCUCAACGCCGCCGGUUUCUUCCGCCACUUCAGCCACCGCCGCCUGCUACAAUCAGCUACAGCGUCAGCGCCUGCAUCAUGGACCACACGUUCGCUGGACACCUGCUCAGGCGCAGACUCCACUCCCUCCAUCCCCUCAGCCAGCCAGCUACGGCAUUGGUCUGUCCAUACCGCCUGUGGUUAAUCAGCAGCGCAUCAACGAGUGCGCAGGAAUCCCACUCAUCUCGAACGCAUCCAGCCACUUGUCGCCGGGCCAGCGUCAGCGUUUGCUAAGGAAGACGGCUCCAAAGACGCCACCAUGGCCCCCGACGGGGGUGCACACCAUGUCCCAGCUGGCGGCCCACGCCCAGGGAAUGCCGCUCCUCCAGCAGAACGGCAAGCAGAAUCUGCCACAACACCACCAGCCGCAACAGCAGCACCAUCCCCCCUCGUGGAGUGCCUACCAGCCAAUGCCCCCAACCAGCCAAAGUUUUAAGCUGGCGGAUAAAUCUCGGGCCCUACGAUACCAGAACUCUGCUCCGCCCAUGCUCCAAAGCCAGGAGAAGCAGACGCUGGCUGGCAGUGCCACUAGCGGCCAGGAUGCCACACCGACGCCGGAGAGCUGCCUGCCACGAAUCAUCAAGCCGCGCAAGCGGCGCAAGAAGGAUCGAAAGCCCGGCAACGGAGUCUUACUCAAGAUAGAACCGGAUAUGCAGAUGAAGGCGUCCGUCCAGGGAGAGGAGCAUCCAUACCAUCAUCUACUGACUCUGGGCGGAGGGGGCGGACUCCUGCAUCAUGAUCACACGCACGGCGUUUGUUUCUGCAGGGACUGCGAUCCGCUGCGAUCCCUGUGGGACUAUCAGGCACAGACACUGCAUCGCUCGCUCUCCGAUGCCUCGUCCAGCGAGCCGGGCGGUGGCAGUCGGGAGUCCUCUUCCUCCACCUCGUCCACGCACUCGUCGGACAGCUCCUGCGAUAGCUCCAUCUGCUCCCAGAGCCUGCCACCGGCCUGCAACGCUCCCACUCUGCCGGAGGAAACCGUCGAGGAGUUUGCCCCCAUAACCGGGGACAGCAGUCGCGCGGAGAUUGUGGGAGUCAUUGGAUCGCAGCGCAGCCACCAAGUGGGUCAUGCCCAUGAGGGCGUUAUCGCGACGCCCUCGCAGUGCAGUCUCAGCGAUGACUCGGGCUACGGCGAUAUCUUGAGUGGGAUUAACAUAGCCAACGAUCUCUUUGGCAACUUUGGCUUCAAAGGCAGGGCAUCAUCGGAAUCAUCCUACUCCUCCGCCUGCGCCCAGGCGGAGACGCUGCUCGACGAGAGCAUCAGCGAGAUAUCGAGGAAGCUCAUCGAGACGUGCAGCAGCAAUGCGUCAUCGUCGGGCGGAGAUCGGCACGGAUCGGUAUUGGGAUCGGGAGCCAGCGACAGUGGCUUGGAUAGUGCUGGCAGCUACAGUCGAGACUCUGGCCUCGUCUUUAGCUUUGAGCAUUUGAAUCUGAAUCGGAACCUGACGGAUGCGACGCCCACAUCUUUGGAUUUUCUUGUGGAUUGCAACAACAACAACAGCUGCGACAGCAACCAAAAGAGCAACAAUAGCAUCAGCAUGAGCAUCGACAAGGAAGGAACAGCGUCACAGCAAUUUUAUAACAAUUGCUUUGGCCUGUUGUGGCAGCAGCAGCAGCAGCAGCAUGGUGGAGGUGGAGGCGGACACGAUGACAGCCAAGUGGCAGCUGCCAAACCAAGCCAAAACCAAAGCCAAGACCGAGACAGCCGCCGCGACACACCCACAAGCAGGCGGCUGAUACUGGGAACGUUGCACGGUAAAUUGAAGCCAGCAUUUUCCACCAUCUCGUGACGACGACAAUGAAAAACUAAUCAAAUAUCCAAAGCGACAAUCCCCUGGAAUAUAUAUAAUAAGUGAAGGAAGGGAGGAGUCGCCGCCGUCGCCGUCGCCUUGCCCUUAAAAGGCAGGCGUUCGAAAGUCGUUCAUUUUGAAUGAGAGAGGGAGAGAGAUUGAUCCGCGCAGACGCAGCUGUGGGGCGGACGAUGCGUGGGUGCAUGGAGAGAAAAUGUAUAUUCAAAAAAUGUCCAAUUUCUACCAAACAUCAAUUGCAUAAGCUCCUAAACGAAAGAGCCGAGAAAGAAUAAAAGCUAUUAAAUUCGUUCAAGGCAUAUUCGUAUGUGGAGACGAUCAUCACAUCAUCAUCACGAUCAUCGGGCGACUCUGAAGAAAGCAAAAACAAAAGGCCAACCAAGUUGUACAAACCCCAAACCCCGAUGGAAAUCGUACGAAACGGAACAGAAAGACAGGCCGCCGGAGCCGACGCCGCCGGGACUUGGGAGACUGGAUGGAAACCUUGUACAUACAACACUUUAGCUUAAAAACUUUCACUUUCACUGCCUGCGACGCUGCGUCGAUUUGUAUUUUUAAGACAGUGUUUCUUUGUUGUUUCUUUUUCUUUUUGCCAAAGACCACAAGUGGAGGACGGGGAGCGGCAGCGGGUUGCGGGUGGAGGGAACGAUGUGAGAGAGAGAGACUUGGGUUCGCGAGACUCUUAUGCAGAUUUUGUGGCGCAAAAAGAAGAAGAAACUUUGUAGAAAUCGGAUAGAGAUUGAACUACGAAAUGAACCUAUAAUAUACUACUAUACCUGUACUAUAUCUACAGAUCUACCGAGUAUAUCUAGCUAUAUCUACAGAUCUACAACCAUAAUUAGAGGUAUAUCUAGACAUACCUAUAUAUCUACAUUAUAUACAUAUACUUAAUUGCUGUUGUUAUUUGUGCAUUAACGUUAAACCCAGGAGUUUUGUAUAGAUUUGUACGGGGUGUGUGUUUAUGGGUUACUUUUAGCUGGUAGCUGUAGGACAUUAUCGAGCUUAAGCCAACGUUCCUACAUAAUAAUAUUGUUUUAUCUUCGACUCCUUGGGUUCUAUUUAAUAUUAUUUUUAGGGUAUAAUCGUGUCGAAGCGCUACAACGUGAACUUUUCUUAGUUUUGUAAGUCCCUAAGUUAUCCUUAAACACAAAAGGAAGGAUCUCUGUGAGGGUUAUAUAAGUCUAUUGGUUAGUAAAUCUAUCAUGUGCAUGGAAUUUCGAAAUGCAAGCACACUUGUGAGUUGGUGCAUGAUCAGAUCCUCAGAUUUGAAUGGAAAUUACAUGUAAAGUGGUAUUCGAAGGUUUCAUUCGAAGAUGGUUCGGGGUAAGGGAUAGUCCAGUCGAUCUAGAUACCGAGUGGGUGGGGAGUGGGUCUUACCUUAACUUAAUGUAAUUUCAAUGUUCUCUUGAGCAUUCCCCUGAUUCAGUGAGUUUUUUGGGGCAAAAUAAUGUAUUUCAUUAUUAAAUCAUUUUAUUCCUUGAAUUCUAUAACAGUUAUUAUGAGAAAAUUAUCAGAUUCGUGAAACUUUAUUCAAAUGAACUUCUAAUUAUAAAACCCAGCUUAAAAUCCCUCUGUAGAAGUCAUGGAAUAUCUCAGAGACUACUGUAAACGCUAGCACCCAGCUUUUAACUCGACAAGAUCGAUUCUUGAAGUACCAUUCAUUCUUUUCAUUUCAAAUAACGACUCAUAAUUUUGGAAUUGUAACGAAUUAGAUGUGUUGUAGAUGAGAUCUUGCUCCGUGGCAGUGGAGAUCUGGUGCAACAAUUAAUUCCGAUUGUGAAGAUCGCCAAAGCAUAAAAUCUAAAUCUGAAAAUCGAGAGCAGCCCUAGUUACCUGCUUUGUUUGUUGGCGAGUAAAAGUUUUCGCCUGUUAUUUUUUUUCUCUCUUUUUAAUUAAAAGAAACUCACGAACGCGGGCGCGCAAGCGCACUGAAAUUGCUUGGAAGUUUUCCGCUCUACUCGACUCUGCCUCUGACUCUGACUCCGGCUUCGACUUUGGCUUCGAGUCUUCGUCUCAGCCUCAGCAUCAGCUUCAGAGCUGCUGGAAAAUGUCACAGAUUUUCCAUUGGCAAGUUCCGGCAGACAGGCACAGACAGACAGCGACUUGUGUUACAAUUCCCCAGAUAGAAAUUACCACUCGAAGCUAAUUUAUUUAAUUAUUAUUUUCACUAGUUUGUAUUGUAUUUUAUUUUAGUGUUUGUUUGUUCGUAAGCAUCGUUUUUGCACAAAUAACAAUAUAGUUUACACAGUAACCUCCCCCUCUAUUAUAACCACAACGAUCCCAGCCCCACAGUUGUAUCCCGCCCCCAUACAAAAACACACAAAAACCCUAUUUAUUUUGAUUAAGUUCGAACUCGAGAACUCAAUAAAAAGUGUAAACAGAAAUGUCAAACAAAAAGAACUUGAUUGCUGUUUUGAUAGCCCCGAAAAAGUGGAGGUUGGAGAAGAUACCCUCAAAAGACUUCAUCUUCUAAUGAGGCACGUACGAGAGGUGGAAAAACAAACAGAACUUUCGUGCGGGUUUCCGUAGGCCUACGAGCGCAAUGCACUUGAAGAUGAACUUUCCCAAAACAUUAGCUCUUGAAGACAGAAGACGAUGUCUUUUCUCAUGGCCAGAGAGUAGAGGAGGUGGCUGGAAUCCCACUGUGGAUGGACAGAUAAAAUUUGAUGAAUUGGCUGUGCCGUCCAGGCUCCAACCCUUCACCUUUUUGCGAAAAAGAUUAACCGCUGUAAUAACCGUACCUGGCAAAUUAAUUUUAAACAUUUUGUGCCCGUCAUUAGGCUAAUUAAUGUCUCCAUUUUAGGGUUGUAUUUUUCUCGUCAUCCAGCUUGUUCUGUUCUGUAUUCUAUUUUUUUUUUUUUAAAUGCUGCUAAAGACGCCUAUUUCCCAUUUGCAACCGUCGGGGGAACUCGCAUCAUCAGGGCUUUCACAACGAGGUCUGAACCUCCAGAGGUCCGGACCCGGACCGGCGCAGACCGGACCGUCGAGCGUUGAGUGGGUCAGUGGAUAAUUGGGUCAUUUGCAACACUGUUUGCGCCAUCAGCUUCAGUCAGCAUCGGGUACGGUACGAGCCACCGAGUGGCAGUGGCAGAGGCAGCAGCAGCAGCGGUGGCUAAUGUGUUUUGGCUACGUCAAUAAAUGCGUCGCGUCGCGUCGCGUUGCUGUUGUUCUUCUCUCCAACCAAGCGGGGCCAGGCCAGGCCAUCUCUCUCAGACACUAUGUGUUUCACCAUCCACCAUGUCGCUCGGCUUCGCUCUCUCCUUCCUUCUGGCCACUCAAAAUUUAAUUGUUUUUCCUCACCUUCCCUAACCGGGCAGGGGGUAUGCGCGCUUUGUCGUUCUGUGAGCAUUGAACCGAAAAAGAGGCAACCAAUUAGUUUUAGUUGCGACAUGAUUUGGGUAUCUUCUGGAUCGUGACUCAGAUUUCAGAAUAUCGAAAAUUGUUUCGAUUAGGUCAAAGAUGCAGUUAUUGAAAGAAUUUUGUGCACAGGCCUAGUGAGAAAUUGAGCGAAAAGUGGGAAAUCUACAUAUAAUCCUUAAAAAAAAUACAUUUAUGGAAUCGCAGCAGUAGAUUAGAUAAUUUGUAUGGAUCCCUUCUAGAUCUAUGAAGGGAAAACGUCGAUUCUUUUCGUGUUGUAAGAACAAAAAUUGUAAGAACUUAGCAUCAAAUCUGUAUAAUUAAUUUUACUGUUGUUUCCUCUAUUUUGGUUGGUUCCAUAUUGUUAGUAAACCACAAAUCAGCUGUUUCAUAACGCAAUAAUGCAGCACAACGACAACUUCGAUAUCGAUGUCAAACGAUAUGCCCGGUGUAACUGGGCUAUAAGUCCGCUAUAAUACUAGGUGUAGAAAGCCGUGUAAAGCCGUAGUAAGUAGUAUUACCUAAAAGACAUAAAUCCAUGACACUGGCAAGGAAGUUUCCCAAUUGAUUAGUCAGCUCUCUGAUCGAUUUAGUUAUCGAAUGCAACCUUACAAUUAACCAUUAUUCAGUUAUCGACUGAAGAUGUCAAAGUAAACACUUUAAAGACUUCAAACAUUGGAUAUUGAAUAGUUGGUAGGUUCUGGAAAGGGUAUUCCAAUCGCCACUUGGACUACUUCAAUAAUAUUCUUACCUGUUGCUUCUUCUACUGACAUUUUUCAUUUUGUCUUGCCAUUUUCUGUUUUUUUUUUUUUUUUGCACAUUUCCUCUGUGUGCCCCCUGCUUUGUCGUCUAGCUACUUUUCCACCAAGUUGACUUUUCUUUUGGAUGGAAAAUUAGCAUUUCGCCAUGAAAUUGAAAGUUUCAGUUUCCAAUUAACUUGGCCAGUUCAGUGGGCCAGACGAAAAAAACGUUCAUCAUCACGGCAUCGCAUGGGCAAUAGGCAAUAGGAACGGAUUGUUAAAGUUCCUCUCGGAACGAACUUCCUCCUCCGUUCGCGAGAGAUGGAGAGAGAAAGAGACUUACAUAUAAAAGCACAAAAACAACAUAAGAAAUAUGCUGUUAAUCCGAAUAAAGGCCAAAUGUCUACGAAAAAGGUUACGCAAAAUGUCAAACAGUUAAGAAUCCCAACUCCUAACGGCCACAAAUGUCAUUAUUACAUUUAUUUUCCCACUUUUAAUGUCGUCUGCGAAUGCUCUUUGCUUGGGUCCC